CAGUCUGCAAGCCUCCUGGCCCUCGGACCAACUACUCUUUUGACACAAACCAAAAAAAAACAAAAAAACGUGCACAUAAAAUUGUGCACAUUUGCAGGAUUGACGAGUUGCAUCCACCGAGCAGGUGAUUACCGGCGCUCCACUUGGACCAUGAUUAGGAACAGUGAGAGGAUCUAUUUAUCUACUUCUCACAUCUAAACGCAAGUGUGGGAGGAUUUUCCUUUAAAGACACGCGCUAAAACAUCACACUUCAGCUGCAAUUUCACUCUAAAAGCUCUUUUUUUAAAAAAAAUUUUUGGUCUUGUUGCGCCCUGGAGUUAGGAGCGCAGCGUCUUUUUUUGGAGGGGUGGUUGUUUGCUGAAGAGCUUUUUUUUGUUGACUUUCAAAAAGUGCACUCACAACUCAGGACAGGGCUUAAAUGUUUGGGAUCCAGGAGCAUUUGAUGCGAGAAGUGAGCGGAUUAAAAGAGAGAAGUCUUGGGGAGGAGAUGGAUCCAGUCCGCUCCUGGGUGCGGAACGUCGGGGUGGUGGAUGCCAACGUCGCUGCGCAAAGUGGAGUUGCCCUCUCCAGAGCCCACUUUGAGAAGCAGCCGCCUUCCAAUCUCCGCAAGUCCAACUUCUUCCACUUUGUCCUGGCACUCUACGACCGACACGGGCAGCCUGUGGAAGUGGAGAGGACGUCCUUUGUGGACUUUGUGGAACACGACAAGGAGCAGACGGGAGAAAAGACCAACAACGGCACUCACUACAAGCUCCAGCUCCUCUAUAGCAAUGGGGUUCGCACAGAGCAGGAUCUUUAUGCACGACUCAUCGACUCAGUCACAAAACAGCCCAUAGCGUAUGAAGGACAAAACAAGAAUCCAGAAAUGUGUAGAGUUCUGCUCACACAUGAGGUCAUGUGCAGCCGCUGUUGUGAGAAGAAAAGUUGCGGUAACCGAAAUGAGACGCCCUCCGACCCAGUCAUCAUUGACAGGUUCUUCUUGAAGUUUUUCCUGAAAUGCAACCAGAAUUGUCUGAAGACGGCGGGGAACCCCAGGGACAUGAGGAGAUUUCAGGUGGUCCUGUCCAGUACUGUGAGCGUGGACGGCCACGUCCUGGCGGUGUCAGACAACAUGUUCGUCCACAACAACUCUAAACACGGUCGGAGGGCCCGCAGACUGGAACCAGGCGAGUCAGCGGAGAAUACUAUGGAGUAUGCCACCCCUUGUAUAAAAGCCAUCAGCCCCAGUGAGGGCUGGACUACAGGCGGGGCCAUGGUCAUUGUCAUCGGGGAGAACUUCUUUGAUGGACUACAGGUGGUGUUUGGAAGCAUGUUAGUUUGGAGUGAGCUGAUCACACCACACGCCAUCCGUGUCCAGACCCCUCCUCGUCACAUCCCAGGGGUGGUGGAGGUCACAUUGUCUUAUAAAUCCAAACAGUUCUGCAAGGGAGCCCCUGGACGCUUCAUCUACACAGCCCUGAAUGAACCGACUAUAGAUUAUGGUUUCCAGCGUCUCCAAAAAGUAAUUCCACGACAUCCUGGUGACCCAGAAAGAAUCGCAAAGGAAAUUCUGCUUAAGAGAGCAGCAGAUCUUGUGGAGGCUCUGUAUGGGAAUCCACAUAGUAAUCAGGACAUGUUGCUAAAACGAGCAGCGGACAUUGCAGAGGCCCUCUACAGUGUUCCCCGCCCUCACAGUCAGCUGCAAGCACUGCCCAGCUCACCAGCCCAUGGCAGCGUCAUGGGGUUGGGGUCCUAUCCUUCCCAAUUAGGUGUCAGUAUUGGGGAGCCAGUACAGAGCAGCCAAGGAUACAUUCGCAACUCUAGCAGCUUAUCUCCAAGAGGCUACCCCUCAGCUUCCACCCCUCAACAGUCAAGCUAUGGCGGCGGUGGUAUGACUGGAGGCUACGGAACCGUUCCCAUGACAAGUCUAGGAGUUCCUGGCUCUCCUGGCUUCAGCAGUGCGUCCCCCACCGGAUCGCCUUACAUAAUGCCCUCCAGUCCGACCAUACCAGGAAGCUCCAGCUCUUCAUCCCUCUUGCCGUUCUCCUCUUUCCCAUCCGCUGCUAAACAGAAGAGUGCUUUUGCACCCGUGCUCAGGCCACAGGGCUCCCCUUCCCCUGCCUGCCCCGCCUCAGGGGGCAACAGCUUCAGAGGUAGCCAUCCGACUCACUAUCUGACCCCGCUCUCUGAACUUACGAAUGCAGUCUAACCCCUUCUUCUAACCACACUCACAAAAUCUUUGAUUGAACAAGACACAGAAAGUGUGCAGUACGUUAAUGCAAGAUUAGAAUCAUAGAUUUUGCAUAUUUUUUUCUCUCCAGCGAUGACAGGCCUGGUUGUCCACCCGAUGUAGCAAACCUACCCCACACCAGUGCUUCACUUAAUCCCCUCCUUUGGCACUAAGGACAAUUGAUCAAUAGCAAACUCUGCUCCCUGAGCCCAUCCAGCCAUUUCUUAGUCCCCCUGUCACCCAGGCGGAUGAAACUAUCCAAAGACAAGACAUGUGUCCCCAGCGCAGAGGCGAUUACGCCAACCGACUUUUAGCUGAACAGACUGGACCAUACCGCACUGUGUCAACCACGGAAAGAAAACCGCUCCGAAUCCAACCGCAAGCUUCUAAAGCUCCGUGUUUACCUCUGGCCAUACUUUCCAUGGCCCCAGCACCUGCCCAAACCGAGGACGUACACAGGAGCACUGAUCGUUGGACGGCUCUGAUAAGCAGGGUUCUAUUUGUCUGUGUAUGGACACUUUAAAACAGCAUGUGUGUACACUGUCUGUGAGUUAGCGACAUGUUUUUGUAGUAGACUUUUUGAAGACAAUUUACAUUCCAGAAAAUAGACCCCUUUAUUUUUUGUUCUGAUCUUUAAGAUUUUACAAGGGAGAGUUCUUUGUCUCAAGGGUGAUUUACUAAAGGAAUUCAUAUAUUGAUUUAUUUAAGUACAAGCAAUUUAACUUAUUAUAGCUAGCUUAGGGAAUAAUAUAAACAUGUUUUAUAAAAGUGCUCUUUUUUUUUACUGUUGAUUAAGUUAAUUAAACAACAAUUAUGUGUGGAUUUCAUCGAAUUUGGAAUAAAACAUCCCCACUUUGCAAGGUGUUUACAUCAUGAGUAACACCACUAAAGAAGGUUAUUGUCCUUGCGUAAAGGAAAAUGUUAGUUAGCCUUAUUACAUGUGUAACGCAUGCUUUGUUGAACCAAUACGCUGUAAUUAGGUCAUCCAGCAUUGCAAAUCUGACACGAUAUAAUAAAAAAAUAUUUUUAGCUUCGUUAAACACGCGUCUGCAGAGCACAGGUUAGUCACUAUGCAGUACAAUACACAAAAGCACAAUUAUGCUCAAUAGAAGGGUACAGCUAUGUUGACUUUGAUAUUACACCACAACACAAACAUCGCUCUCAGGAUGGGAAAACAAAGAACACAAGAAUCAAGUACAUUUAUACGAUUUGUUUUUUAGACUUUGGUUGACUUUAUUUAUUUUAAAAAUAUAUAUAUUAGCAAUUUUAAUAUUCUGCUUUUGAACCCGUCCUUCUUUGAAAUGGUACAAACAUGGUGCAAAUGUGAUUUGUAUAUGAUC